AUGGCUCAAGACGACCAUGGGCAGAGUCACGGCGACUCUCCCAAUAAUCCUCCAGCUUCUUCUGUUCUGACAUCAAACUCUCCUUCUCUAGCUCCCAUUGUCGCAUCUGUCACCGCUCCCACAACUCACGCCGCGAGCACCAGAUCCGCCAACACAGCUUCAGCUCCUUCCGACACGACUCUCCCGCCCAUCACCUCGAUUGCCUCGGUACCGUUCACAGCAGCGGACCGUCCGACCACCUCGACGACCGCUGCGGUUUCCACCUCCGCACCCGUUCCCGCAGAGCCCGAACUUACCGCUGUCUCUUCUGCGCCGACUUCUACGCCAGCUCUAGCUCCAGCUGCCUCUACCGCUCCGCCCGCGGUCGCCCAACAGAACGGCGACAGCAGAGCUCCCGAGGCUGCCUCGACAACACCUGCGUCUAAUUCGGAAAUGUCUAACCAACAUCCGGGAAUGCCUCAUGGCCAGCAUGUUAGCUACCAUGGGUCUUCGACACAUUAUGCGCCAUCGGUCGGUGUAACAACUGCCCAAUAUGGCUCUUAUCCUGCGGUGACGAGUCAACCGGCUGAGGCGUACCGACCCGGUCCUAUGCCUAUCGGUAGCAACAUGUCCCUGCCUAGCAUGAGGACGAUUGAAAACCCACAUGGACCGCCUGUGUCGAGUCCACAGGGCAUGCCAAUGAACAUGCCUAUGGCCCAAGUGCCAGGCGGUGUACAGUACUAUCAGCAUCAGGGUAUGCCCAUGGCUCCAGGUUACGGACUUUCUGAUCCUAUGGCUCGUUACGCUAUUCCCCAUGAUCCCCGUCUUAUGGGCAGGGGGCCAAAGAAGGUGUAUUUCUCGUUUGGCAGAAGCUACAUGCGAAGCGAGCAAGACUCAGGUUCACGUAGUGCUGCGCAGCUCCUGGUUUCCCUCUGCGACGAGACACACCCAACUUGCAAUAACUGCAAGAAGUCAAAGCGCGAGUGUUUGGGUUACGACCCAAUCUUUCGACAGCAAGCAGGCGGGCAGCCUUCUAACAUUCAACCGGCACCUAGCCAGAGGACUCCUCCUACAGUUCCUAGCUCCGUGCCUUCGAGCGUUCCUUCCUCCAUAGCGUCCAACCCUGUUCUCACCGCUCGACCUGCCAACUCAUACGGUAGCCAGCCGUCGAUGCUCCCCAGCUCGUAUGCAACAGCUCACGCAACAACUGCAAGCCCCAACCCAUCUAUCACCUCGCUUAGCUACGAUUCCAGCUUCUCCAACGUGGCCUCUCCUCCUGUCAAGUCCGAGCCAACAUACGAGUACUCGGCUGCCGCUAUCGACCCAGCCCUCCACAAUCCCGAAAGCUCAAGAGCGGUUGACCAUAGGCCUCUUGCUGACAACCAAAACCUAAGAGCCAACAAAAUGAAUAUCGAUGAGAUUAUCAAACUCUUGGGCCAAGUUCCGCCGCCCCAGACCGGUCCUCAUCCUGAGGGGAUGCUCAACGAGAUUAUCAAGGUCUACCAUGAGAUGUACGCACAUGGUCUCAGUUCUUUCUUCGAAACCACAUGGUACUUUUUUACGGAAAAUGGAAAGAUGUCACUUCCUCGAAACCCUUACUUGGUGGAUCUGCUAGCAAGCUUUCUCAAAACUCUGGAGGCUGUCAAGGUCAACGAUCAUUCGCAAAUGGCUUACUCGGGUAUUCUUGAGACACGCCUCGUAUGGGAGCUUGCGCGAUCUGCCUACGAAGCACCUACAACUGUUGUCAACCCUGGUCUGCCGGCUGAGAACGAUGCCAAGGAGGCACAAAACCGCGUUCGAGUUGUCGAGGCACUACUAUGUGGGGACUAUCUGCCUUCCAACCCUCUUUGUUCACCUGCGCAGCAUCCUGACAGUUCUCGCACCCGUCAAUUCGACUUCUGGUAUAGCUUGGCUGAGUUUGUACGGAUGCGCGACAACCCUACUGGUCUUGCUGCUGUUAAGGUGAGGGAGGAUAUGCUUGCAAGGAUGCGCUACCUGCUCGAUGGUCGCGAGAACCGUGAUGUCCUCUACUCUAUUGCUGUUGUUCGAGAGCUUUCACCCCACUUCGAUUCUGCGUACAACAACGCUCCUCAGCACGUUGACGAGAGCGACCCCAAGAAUAGGCUUGCGGUUGCAUCCAAAUUUAUCUUCGACGAGUCACAAGUGACAGGAGGUACGACCAACGUGGUUCGCCGGUUCUGCGACAUCGCACAUAGAGCAUUCGUCAAUCCAGGUGUCAAUAUCGCUCAGAGAAAUUAA